AUGAGGGUACAUCUCCAAAUAUGCCAACUUCUGAUCUCUGCUCAAGUCUUGACGGUUUUCUUGUUCUCUACAUUCGCGCGCUCUGAACAACGUUCAAAAACAGGAAUUAUCACCGCGGGUGACAUCAUAAUUGGCGGCUUAAUACCCGUUCACUUCUCGCCCAACUUUUCGCCGCAUCCUGGAAAUUCUUCAUGCCAGGGUUCCUUCCAUUUGCGCGGGUUCAAAGGAGUAGAAGCUAUGCUAUACGCGAUAGACCUCAUAAACAAAAACACUACGUUGCUGCCAAAUGUAACUCUGGGAGUUGAUGUAAAAGAUACAUGUGGAAGUGUGGAUUAUGCAAUUAUGGAAAGCUUGAGUUUCGACUUUAUCAGAAGCGCUUAUGUUGCUUCAGAGCUUCUUGAUUGCGCAGAGGAUUCAUCCAGCGAAAAGCACUCGGUACUCAAACCUAAAGCCAGUGAUAGACCUAUGUCAGGAAAGAAAGAUUCGAAGAGACACGAUGGUGAUAUGUCAGGUUUGUUUUAUUGAUGUUGGCUGAAAGUCGCUUGAGUUCAAUUUUAUUUCUUAAGUUUUGUCAUCCAUAUUACAUUUUCUGAUAAAUAUCGAGCGCGAUUCCGUUAUUCAACGCAAUUUAUUCAAUUUCAUACGCACGUAAACAAAAUAACCCGCUACCGCGCCAGAUAAUUUUUUAAACCGUGGCUUCUUGUUCUCUGUAUUGUGGCGAAUUGACCCACUGAGUCAAACAGCUCGUUUAUUUGCUCUAUAUUCACGCUAAUGACAGUCUCUAUCGCGUCCAGUGUUUUUAGACGCCAUCUAAUUUACAAAUGUGUUUUAACUACAACGACGACGUGAAAAGUCGUAAGAAAACAUCUGACUUCCAGUCUCUGCCUUCCAUUUGAAUCAUUUCAUGUAUUUCGCACAGACGACCAACUUUAAAAGUUGUGUACACAAACACUAUAUCCAGUGUUUCUACUUUGCUUAACUCACGAUCUAGAACUGACAGUUCAGUUUCGAUAUGCAUGCGCAUGAAGUUCAGUCUCUCGAAAUCAAGUUCAAACUUCAUACAGGGAGGGUGGAUUGCAGCCGGUUCUUAAACGAAACAAAAUUUUUUUGUAUUUGUUACCUAAAAAAAAUUAUUUAGUUUCCCAUUAGUGUAAUUAGUUCUGAAAAAAAAUUUAUUUUGAAGCCUGUUGUGUUUGAAACAUCUAUCUACAUUUUCAUUCAAUCGACUUUAAAAUGGAUAAUAAUAAAAUAUUGCAUCCAAUCGAAAACCAAGAUAUCUGGCAAGUUUUAGCAAGGUUUACGUAAUUUAAAUGCCCAUAACACUGAGUACAAAUCACAAAGCAGAUUUCAUAGAAAUUUAGGCCAAACAGGCUUCUUUUUCUUAAAAUUUGACUUUUUAAUUAAGAAAUACGCCGGAUUAAAACCCUUUUAAAAAAUUUUUUAAAGUUACGCCCACGACAAGACAGCAUGCAGUAGCUGUCACAACUAUAUUUCGCAAACUGACAGAGCUUUCAACCUGUCCAAAGCUCUCCGUUCGUGGAGAAGUCUGUAUUGAAUGAAAUCUUAAUUUUUUUCCGACAGCAGAUUGUGGCUUCCGUUCUCAAAAAACAGGAAGAAAAAAAUGCUGAAAUAUGACCAUAAUCGUGCCUGUCAACCACUCUCGAAACUGUCAAUGCGAAACCGCAAAGUAUACCUCUCAGAAUUUGAAGAACCUUUGGUGAAAUGCAUUAAAAAUUAUGAAUUUUUGCCAAUAAUUUGCCCGCCAAUAAGUGAGAUAUAUCUAUAAAGCAAAUUAGAUUAGAUGUUUUUCAGGUACUUUCAAAAUUAACAUGAUUUUUAAUAUUUUCGACUUAAGUCAUAGUUUCUAAGUAUUGCUGAAUAUUUUCAGGAUUAACUUUCUGUAAAAUUUUUCGAUCUGCCUUACAGUUUCCAAGUCAGUGUUCAAUAAACACGCUUGAGAUAAAUUUGAGUUUUGGUAAAUGUCGUUCUACUUGUUUAUAGCAAGCUGAAUAAAUACGACGAAUGCAAAGUGUCUUGAAAGCACUUCACAGAUCACACACGUAAUAGAAAUAUCACGUCUUUUCCUUCAUUCCAGAUGAGUAAAACCUUAAUUGCAAAAUUAACUGGAUCAAUUUUGUAGAGUGGAAACAAGGCGCGUUUACUGAAGAAUAUUUUGACUAAAUGCCGUGCAAAACUUUGGUUCAUUAGUAAUGCAAACUCCUCGAUAAUUUGUAUGUUUUUGUUGAACAAAACCGGGAUAAACUCUAACUAGUUGAAAUUAAAACAAUCCUAAAUUCAAAGUCUAUUCUUUACCCUACUUAAAAUUAAUUAUAAAAUUCUGUGUAGAGGGAAGUAUUUGAAACGAAGUUACUUUGGCCUAGAUAAAGAAAAAAUAUUUCAACUAAUAAAAUAACUAAUGGCCUUGUGGCCAUACUUUGCUAGACCAACCACUUGCAUGAAAAAUUAAUUUUGUUUUUGCGCAUUAGUGUCUGCUGUGGAAUAAGAAAAUACAAGUGAAUCCGUAUUUAAUUAAAGAUUUAACUCCGAAAAUCUAAAUAUAUUCGCUGCGACUUCAUAAACUUCCGUGAAAUGCGUAAGCUUAUUUGUCUCUAGUUAAAACUUAGAAACAAUAAACAUUUUUUGGCGAAUAAUACAUCGAGGGGUCCAUACAUAAUUGCAAUGUUUUAAAUUUUCAUAUUUCGCCAUGGUUAUCCAUUAUCAUGUUCCUGUGACAUCUUUACCCUCUUUUAGUACUUACACAACAUUAGACACAACAUUAGACACUUUUAAACGGAAAACCUUCGUUUUGUCUUAGCGUUUCUGUAAUAACUGUAAAACUAUUUCUAGGGGUUCAGGUUAGUGCUCACGGACUAAGAGGCUUUUGAAUCGCAAUGAGGGGUUUCGUUAAUUGUGAAAUUUCUUAUAUAUAACUGUAACCGCAAAGGACUGCGAAUUUACCUUUUUGACCUGAUACAAGGUGUUGAUUUAAUCCGAAUAUGAAAAUCAAGGUUGUUUUCCCACGCAGCCUUGUAAGCACUUCUAUUUGAGAAAAUUUGAGAAAGAAAAUUAACCAAACGUAAAGUCGAAUGGGAAUCAAGAGAAUAUUAAUCUUUCGCCCGAAUUUACCCUCAAUAAUUACCCUAGUAUUAUAAGCGGCCGUGAUCGAUUCUUUGAGAAACCCCAGCCUUUUCUAUGUUUCUGUUUCGGAUUUGAUUGAUUCUCGAACAUUACUGUGAUAAAUACAAAGUUAUUUGUUCGUUCUGACUCGCUUUUGCUGCGAGAAUAGCUCGUCUUGUAUACAAGUUUCUAUGGUGUUGUUCUUAAUAAAAAACACAUUACUUUAUUUAGGUUGCUGUUCAAGUAAGUCUCGCACAGCAGCUAUCGUUGGAGCAGCUUUUAGUGGCGUAACCAUGGCAACAGCAAGCCUUACAGGCCUUUUCCACGUGCCUGUAAUUAGUUAUGCUUCAACGAGUCGUCUUCUCAGUGACAGGUCUCGGUUCCAGUACUUCUACCGAACGGUUCCGUCAGACAACCUCCAGGCUCAAGCAAUUACUUCCCUUCUUCAUGAAUUUAGGUGGCAUUUUGUCAUCGUUCUCGCGUCCGAUAACGAAUACGGGCGAUCAGGUGUCACAGCCUUGAAGCAGACGAUACAAAAUUACACGACUCGAGUUCAGAUCUGCGUAGUAGUCGAUAAACUUUUUUCAAGGAAAGGGAGUCAAUAUGAAAUGACUCGUAUCUUUAGAAAGAUCCAACAAUUUCCACGAGCAAAAGUUAUAAUUCUCUAUGCUGAAUUUCCAGAUGCAGUGUACUUUUUCAAAGAGGCAAAAAUGGCAUCGUUAAGGAAUUAUGUGUUUAUUGCGACUGACAGCUGGGUUGGGUCUACAGAAGUGGUUCAAGGCUCCAGUGAUGUUUUCCAAGCGAUCAUCGGUUUGAGGCCUCCGAUCGUUUCCAUGCCAAAAUUUGACGCCUACUUCUUUGAAACUCUCAAGGAAAACAACAGUAGAAAUCCAUGGGCUUCCGAAUGCAAUAAAAGUUUAAUUUGCAGUGAUAAAAGCGUUGAAAGGUGUCAAUCAGAAGUUCAUCACGAUGGGUAUGUCGCUUACAUAUUGGACGCGGUAUUUUCAGUGGCGCAUGCGCUACACGAAAUGCUCAGCUGUGACAAAAAAGCGUGCGCUAAGAAAUGGAGGGAUGUGGACAUCCGGGAUCUUUCACAGUUCAUUCAAAAUGUAUCGUUUGAAGGAUAUUCUCAAGAAAAUAUCUUCUUUAACGAAGAGGGUACUACAAAGGGAAGAUACGAUGUUUAUUAUCUGGACAAAGAAAGCAGCAAGUACAUCAAAGUGGGUUCGUGGAGUCAGACUGCACUAAGCCUUAAUUUAUCGAGAAUUUCACAACAUGGACCUGAUUUUCCAUUGCCGGCUUCAGUCUGCAGUAACUAUUGCAGGAAAGGUACGAGUGUGCUGUUCGUCUUUACAGUUUUAAGGCUUUCGCUAUUAAGUAGCCAAGUAAAGGCUUACUCAAGACGUGCACUUCGUGCAAUUUGAAACUAACUAUUGGAAAGUCUUCCUCAUGAGGCAAUUUCGGUGAGGCAAAGAAAUGAAGGGUAUCGGAUCGUCUCCCACUUAGUUGGCUCGUACCCAGUUUGAGUCGGUUCGUACCCAGUUUGAGUCGGUUCGUACCCAGUUUGAGUCGGUUCGUACCCAGUUUGAGUCGGUUCGUACCCAGUUUGAGUCGGUUCGUACCCAGUUUGAGUCGGUUCGUACCCAGUUUGAGUCGGUUCGUACCCAGUUUGAGUCGGUUCGUACCCAGUUUGAGUCGGUUCGUACCCAGUUUGAGUCGGUUCGUACCCACUAAACAAGUUACAUUCAAUGGUCGUGUAUUAAAAAUAAACACCAAAGAAACAAAACUUCAGUUGAGCCGGCAGAUAAGAAACUGACCCUUAAAGUACAAAACAUGGAAAACAAUCAUUAUUAGUUUAGGUAAAAACUGACUGAUCAGACUGCACGCUGGUUAAUAACUGACUGAGUACGAAACGUGCGUGGGUACGAAACGACCACAUGCAAAGAAAGAAAGCGUCACAAAGGGUGGUACCGGAAAUAAAUAAACUCAAAAUUAAGAAAAACUUUGCGUUAUCCACUCUCUUCUUUUUGGACCAACAAAAAGAUUUCACAAUUGGUGUCUUUAUCACUAAAUAAAGGUCCAUUCCCCAGCCGUGAAAACCUCUCCUUUCACGUUUCUUCUCCUUUCGCUCCGUAAUUGUUGUUUAUUUCCUCUUUCACGCCAGGCGAAUACAAGAUUCCAAAAUCCCAGUUCCCGGAAUGCUGCUGGGAUUGUGCAAGGUGCGACGGGAAAUCAUUUACCAAUACGUCACACAUGACCAAAUGUUCCUAUUGCCCAGAAGGAACUUGGCCCACCGCUGACCACUCGGCGUGUCGUCUCAUCGAAGCGACCUACCUCCACUGGGGUGAGAGUUGGGCAGUUGUGAUCGUCUUCUUUUCAUCAUUUGGUUUGAUCAUUGUGAUACUCACUGGCGUUGUAUUCAUAAAAUUUCGCGCAACACCGGUGGUGCUAGCUGCUAGCAGACAACUAUGCUACUUCCUUCUAUUGGGAAUUGCAAUGUUCUACGUGACACCUCUUCUAUACAUCGCCAAGCCUUCAGCGGUCACCUGUAGAAUUCUUCCAGUUAUGUUUGGGCUCUGCUUUGUACUGGUGGUUGGUAAGUACUGUUGCUGUUGCGGCAUCAGCCUCUAACCAGGCCUUUAUUAUCAGCGCUUCGGUAAGAUCGUUUCUGCGCCUGCGUAAAAAUUAUGAAGCUUGAAUAACACGAGCCAGUGAGUGGUCUGUAGUAGAGCCAGACCCGGCAAACCUCUUCCCAACUCGUCUUAACCCUCCCCCCCUCCCCAUGCCACCCUGCGGAGGAAAACGCGCGUCCAACCGUGCUCGUAAUGAAGGACCUGCUCUGAGGCUGUUACGGCAUGUAACUUUUCCAUCGAUUUAACUUUAGCAUCACGCUUAAAAAAUCAUUGGUCUCUUUGUCUUUGAAAGUUAGUGUGGACAUUCGUGUUCAAUACUAAAAUGAUUUCUUCUCCUUCCUCUGCAUUUUCAUCUUUCCCAGGCACAAUUCUCAUCAGAACGAAUCGAGUGUCCAGGAUUUUUAAUGAGAAGCUUCUUCGGACAGGAAAAAUCAGUUGCCUUGGCAACCACUGGCAGAUGUUUAUAUUAGGAUGUUUGUUGAUCACUGAGCUCGUACUCACCGUUGCUUGGGUAUUCGGUUCCUCGUCUCAAGUGUUCCCGCAAGUAAUCUAUUCCAAGGCUUCUAAAGAUGCCUCUCUUAUCUGCAGCUUGAGCGGAAGUCACAUUGGAUUUUCUUUGUGGCUUAUCUACAACGCAGGCUUGGUCGUCGUGUGCACAUAUCAAGCUUUUCUUGUAAGGAAAGUGCCACAUAAUUAUAACGAGUCUAGAUUAAUUGCGUUUAACAUGACCACACUAUGUAUUACUGUCCUUGUCUAUAUUCCGUCAUACAUGGGUACCUCAGGCUGGUAUCGGACAAUUAUUUCGUGUUUCAUGCUUAUGUUUCUUGGAACUCUCACGUGGGCGAGUAUCUUUGCACCGAAGAUUUAUAUAAUUCUGUUCCGACCGCACAAAAACAUUCCCAUGAGACCUUCCGUGAGCUCCAUCACGCUGGGAGUGAUCUCACCCUCGCCUACUGGGGUCAGCAGUAUUAGUGAACAGUACAUGUGCAGUAGGAAAAAUUCUCUGAAUCCCAACGAAGAUGGAACGUGGGGAGGCUCGUGGGCCAAGACUGAUUCGGCUCGUGAACUGAACGAAAAUGUGGCAAUCACUGAGGAAGAUGAUUCGCCGUGUGAACAAUUUGAUGAUUUUUCCGAGAAAGAACUGAAAGAAAACCAGGAAACUAAUACAAGUAUAGCUGAUAAGUCACAACCACAACAGGAAAACUGUAAAAUGACACCCCAAAAGAAUACUUCGAUGGUGCAUUUCGAAGACGAAAUGCUAAAUGAAUGCGAUGAAGGCAGAGACACACAAGUGUUCCCUGAAAAGAAAACCAGUGGUAGCCAAGGAGGUAUCUUAAGAAGAACUUAUAACUCAGAGAUUCAUGAAAAUUCCAUUAAUGGGAUCGUUCCAAGGAAGAAAAAAACAUCACUUGUUCGUUUUCAGGACGAAGUGUUAAGUUGUAAUAUUAAUAAUUUAACAGACUACCAUAGGAUUGCGCUUCCCGCCAAAGGAGAACCCAUUCAAAUACCGAAAGGAAACCUUGAUGCGGAGACCAAUAACAAAGGAGAAGUGUAUUGUUCAUGUGCUUCAACUUCAGCUGAAAAAACAGAAACCAACCGUGUCACAGAAAAAGAGAGAAAGCGGAAAAUAUCUGUCUACUCGUUCCAGUGA